AUCCCACCCACAGGUGGCAGGGACUGCGGAGAGAAACGAAAACAUAGGCAAAACGUCUCCUGGGGCAACGCUAGGUAGUUGGACAUUUGAAGAAGAUUAUUUGAAGACUGCUUUUGGAAUCAAAUAGCAUGGACCCCAGCAGUGACUACCAUUUCCUCAAUCAGAUUUUGUGGAGAAGGGUGAAACUAACAUUGGUUUGUGGCAUCUUUGAGGGAGUACUCCAGCAUGUGGACCCUAACAAGAUUGUUGUCCUGAAGAAAGUGAAGAAUGUGGAGACUGGUCGAAGCGUUCCAGGAGUGAAGAUGUUUUUUGGGCACGAGAUUGUGAACGUGGAAAUGCUGGAUGAAGUGGAACAAGGUGCAGAGAGAGAAAAGGCAUCUUCUGUUAGUCUAAAUACAGAAAGAACCAGGAUGGAUAAAAUGAAAGGUGAAGAUCUAAACAUAUGUGAGCCUCCUUCUCCUACCCCUGAGUUACCAACCACCUCUCUGCUGAACAACCUCAAGUACAGCGCAUUAGAGGAAGAGGAGGUGACAUACACAGUCAUUGAUCAGUUCCAGCAGAAGUUUGGUGCUGCAAUGCUCCACAUCAAGAAGCAGAGUGUCCUGAGUGUGGCAACAGAAGGUGCUAAUGUGUGUCGUCAUGGGAAGCUGUGUUGGCUUCAGGUAGCUACAAAUAGCCGAGUUUACUUAUUUGACAUUUUCCUUCUGGGAAGUCGUGCUUUCAACAAUGGACUUCAAAUGGUAUUAGAAGACAAAAGAAUUUUGAAGGUUAUCCAUGAUUGUCGUUGGCUUUCUGAUUGCCUCUCUCAUCAAUAUGGAAUUUUACUGAAUAAUGUCUUUGACACACAGGUAGCAGAUGUCCUUCAAUUUUCCAUGGAAACAGGUGGCUUUCUUCCAAAUUGCAUCAGUUCUUUACAGGAGAGUUUAAUCAGACACCUUAAGAUAGCCCCUAAAUAUCUCUCCUUUCUGGAAGAGAGACAAAAAUUGAUUCAGGAAAAUCCAGAAGUGUGGUUCACACGACCUCUUUCACCCCCUUUACUGAAAAUUUUGGCCCUUGAGGCCACCUACCUACUACCCCUUCGUUUGGUACUCCUGGAUGAGAUGAUGUCUGACCUAACCACCCUUGUGGACGGUUAUCUAAAUACCUAUCGAGAAGGGUCCGCAGAUCGCCUGGGAGGCACGGAGCCUACAUGUAUGGAGCUUCCGGAAGAACUUCUUCAACUCCAGGAUUUCCAGAAGCAGCGCAGAGAGAGAGCUGCAAAAGAAUAUAGGGUGAAUGCACAGGGACUCCUAAUAAGGACAAUAGCACAUCCAAAGAAAUCAGUGCCAGAGACAGCAGGGAAACAGGGAAAAGUGGGGGUUUCCUUACUUGGUAAAAAUUUUGCACUAGAUGAAAAUCAUCAUGUAAAUUUGCUGAAAGAAGGAUCUAAGAAUAAACAAUUUUCAACAGAACCUCAACAUCUACCUCCCAUAAAGGAAGACACCAUCGAGGAUUCUAUCAAUAAACUCAUUUGCCGUGAGUCAGAGAGGCUAGAGGACAAGAGAAUAGCCCAAAAAGAACACAGUAAGAUAUGCAAACGGGAGUUUCAGACAAACUUAUCUUUGAAAGAGGAGAUAGAACAGUUACUGAUGGUGCAAAACCAGGAAGAUCUAAAAUGCACAAAACAAGAUGCUUCAGUGUCUCCUUCCCUUCCUCAGGAAAUCAGAGUAUCUCCAAGUGACACCUUUCAUCCUUUUAGAAAGGCUGUGCUUCCCACACUUCCUCCCUGUCCAGCCUUGGAGAAAACUGAUUCUUGGAUAAAUCCCUCUCCAGAUCUGUCUUAGAAACGUGCAAUUUGGGGGCGCCUGGGUGGCUUAGGCGGUUAAGCG